AUGUCAUCAAACGAGGAUCCUCCUGAGCUAAAGGCGAAGUACGCGGAGAUAGCUGCACUCAAGAAGGCUAUAAAUGCCAAACAAAUGAAUCAAGCCUCAAACAAACCGAUUCCGGCAUCGUAUAGUGCCAAUCGAGGAGGGUUUCGUGGUGGGUUCAGAGGUUCAUCGCUGAGAGGAGGAUUUCGUGGAGGGAAACGAGGAGUGAAUAAGUAUCGGAAUAUGACUGUUUUUUUCAAUAACGAAAUCAAGAGUAAAGGAGAUGAAGAAAGUGGUAAUGAGAAUGAAAUGGACUCUGAACAGAAUAUUCAAUAUAUAUCCGAAGUAUCAAAAGGAGGUAUGAGUUUGGUUAAUUCUAAUAUCUAUCAGCAAGAUAAGGCCAAGUAUGCGGAAAGGGCUGCCGAAUUGAAGGCUAAGCUCAAGCUACAAAGACAGCUUGAUAUUGCAAGAUUUCGGGUAUCUAAGAACCAAACUAAAUUUGAUGAUUGUGAUCGAAUCAAAAUAGAUGACGGAAUAUUUGCAAUGGCGAAGGGAGGAAAUAAGUUGAUACCAUUAUCGAUACCGUUCCGUAAGACAUCAGUAGAUUGGAAUGGGAAACAUUAUUCCGUAAGACCCAGUGGGUCAUUGAAGCAUAGUUCUCGUCGAGCACGGUACGUGGGCCUUUUGUUUUAG